UUCGUUUACUUAGAGCUAUAUUGCUGCUGCUGUCUAGUGUCUGAUGAAUUUUAGCUUUGUCUAUUUUUUAAACUCUGUGUUGUGAAUGAUUUUUUUGUAGAUUAGUCAUUACCAUAGCCGCUUCCCUUUCUACUCGUCGCAUUAAUCGUUAGGACACCUGUCAGACAUUUGCAACAACAGUUGGAUUUGGUUAAUAAAAGUAGCAGAUUUUUGUAGUUGAUUCAAUGAACGAUUCAACCGAAGAAUGUUCUCCAUUUAAAGAUAGAAAGAAAAAAACUCAUAUGUCGCUAAAUGAUAAAAAACGUUUAGCUCGAGAAAAAGCUGAACAGUAUAAUAGUAAUGGCAGGCCUUUACGUCAAUAUCAUAUGUUAACUGCUGAAGAGGUGAAACAGGGGAAAGAAACUCAUUGGGAAGAAUUGGAAAUUAUUGGUUGUGUAAAAAACAUAAGUCCUUCGUUAUGGAAUUUGACAACAUUAACAGGACUUUACUUAAACGACAAUCAAUUAACACGUUUACCCCCAGAUAUUUCAAUGCUUGUUAAUUUACAGUAUCUGGAUUUGUCUGGAAAUAAAUUACGUAGUUUACCUGCUGAACUUGGUGAAUUAGUUUAUCUCAGAGAAUUACAUUUGGGUUAUAAUAUGUUAAGAUCACUGCCUCAUGAGUUAGGGCGUUUAUUCCAACUGCAAGUAUUAGGUCUAGCUGGUAAUCCUCUGUGCCAAGAAGUAAUGAAGUUGUAUAGUGAACCAAAUGGUACACAUAGAUUGCUUAUGUAUCUCUUAGAUAGCUUACAAGUGAGAGUACCUGUGCCCCCGGGAAGACCAUGGAUACCUCUAUCUAGACCGAACAAGAAUAUUCCUUCCUGUCCAGUUACUGUGAUGUGUUAUAACGUUUUAUGUGAAAAAUAUGCUACUACUCAGAUGUAUGGUUACUGUCCAUCUUGGGCCCUUUCCUGGGAUUAUAGGAAAAAAGUCAUUUUAGGCGAAAUCCGACAUUAUACUGCCGACAUCAUCACUUUACAAGAGGUCGAAACGGAUCAAUUUUACAAUUUCUUUUUGCCGGAGCUUAAGAAGGACGGCUACGAUGGUGUCUUUUCCCCCAAGUCAAGAGCUAAGACUAUGUCCGAAAAUGACCGUAAACGAGUUGAUGGAUGUGCAAUAUUCUUCCGAGCGAUCAAAUUUACAUUAAUCAAAGAACAUCUGAUAGAAUUCAAUCAACUAGCAAUGGCCAAUUCGAGUGGUUCGGAUGACAUGCUCAACCGAGUCAUGCCCAGGGAUAACAUCGGUUUAGCUGCCUUGUUGAAAACCAACGAAACUGCAUGGGAAAACUCUCUACCAUCGGAAGUCCAACAGCCUAUACUUGUUUGCACUGCACACAUACAUUGGGAUCCAGAAUUCUGCGAUGUCAAGCUCAUACAAAUCAUGAUGUUAUCAAAUGAACUGAACACUAUACUGGAGGAAGCUAACCGCAAUUAUCGUAAUGUGAAUCACCAUCAACCGCCAAUACAACUGUUGUUAUGUGGGGAUUUCAAUUCGUUGCCUGACUCUGGAGUGAUAGAAUUUUUGUCUGCUGGUAAAGUAUCAUCGGAUCAUCAAGAUUUUAAAGAUUUGCAAUAUAAGACACUUUUACACAAGAUUUCUACUUGUGAUAGACCAAACGAGUUUAUGCAUUCCUUUAAAUUAUCAUCUGCCUACGAAAACAUUAUGCCAUUUACUAAUUAUACAUUCAACUUUAAAGGCAUCAUUGAUUAUAUUUUUUACACAAGACAGACUAUGACACCUCUUGGUUUACUCGGCCCAUUAGCUCCUGAAUGGUUCAAAGACAAUAAAGUACUUGGUUGUCCACAUCCUCAUAUACCAUCUGAUCAUUUUCCGCUGUUAGUGGAAUUCGAGUUAUCGCCAAAUGCACACCAAAGCAACUCAAACGGAUUGAUUGGUCGAAGGUAGCCUCAACAUCGGUUGAAAAUCAUCAAAAAAAAUUAAUUGCCAAUAUAUUAGCGUACGUACAUGCUACGAACACUCACUACACUCUUUGUACCACAAUAACAGUAAAUCAUUUAAAUUA